AAUAUCGACUCCAUACAGGCGAACCACGACAACGGGAAUGAGCGAUGACGAUCCUCCACGGCACUCGGAUAUACUUUGGAGGGGCAUCAAGCACGAAGCUGUCGCCAUUCGCGUGUCAAGCACAUAUACCUCCAAUAGCUCACCAACCCAGUGGUUUCUCCUCCUGCAAUGCUCAAUACCAUCAAAAUGUCCGCCUCACGACGCCUCUCCGCCCUCUCAAACCAAACAAGAAAUUCCUCCUCCAAAACCACCAUGAAAGAAGCAAUCGUAUCCGCAGGUCCCAAAGUCACCAUUCGCGACGUUCCUGUUCCCACUCCAGGUCCAUAUCAGGUCGUCACAAAAGUCAUCUACAGCGGUAGUAAUCCCAAAGACUGGAAACGAGCCGAAGCUGCACCGGAUGUCUCCAAAGCGGUAAACCAAGGCGACGACAUCUCCGGCAUUGUGCACGAAGUCGGAUCAAAUGUCUCCGAAUUCAAACCCGGCGACCGUGUCAUCGCUUUCCAUGAAAUGAUGAAGCCAGGAGGUAGCUACGCCGAAUACGCCCUCAGCUGGGCCCACACAACGAUCCACCUGCCCUCCAACAUCUCCUUCCAAGCCGGAGCCGCCAUUCCUCUCGCAGCCCUCACCGCGGCUGUAGGUCUGUUCGCGCGCUUGCGCUUACCUCCACCCUGGCUACCCGCUACGAAACCGAUCCCUCUGAUCAUAUACGGUGCGGCAUCCGCGGUAGGCGCAUAUGCUAUCCAACUGGCGAGUCGAGCGAAUAUCCACCCUCUCAUCUGCGUCGCUGGCGCGUCCGCCGCACACGUGGAGUCCCUCAUCGAUCGCUCAAAGGGGGAUACGAUAAUCGACUAUCGCUCUGGUCCCGACGCAAUCGUACAAGGCUUCAAAGAUGCCGCUCGAGGGACCACGAUUGAAUACGCCUUCGACGCCGUCUCGGAAAAAGGUUCCUACCAAGCCAUCUGCCAGGUCCUCAACCCCUCCACCGGCAAAAUCACCCUCGUCCUGCCGGGGAAGAAGUACGCCGAUAUUCCGGAGGGCAUCGAGAAGAGCGUCACGACGGUGGGGAGUGUUCAUGGUUUCCCGGACGAUUUGAGGGAUUUUGGGAGUGUGGCGAUGAGGUAUAUUGGGAAGGGGUUGGAGGAGGGGUGGUUCAAGCCGCAGCCGCAUGAGGUUGUGGAGGGUGGGUUGGGGGGUGUGGAGGAGGGAUUGAGGAGGUUGAAGGAAGGGAAGGCGAGGGCUGUGAAGUAUUGUUUUGAGAUUGGGCAG